AUGUUGGAUGAACGUGCUAUUCUUACAUGCAUUGGGCAUACGCUAAUAUCUGAUGCCAAAGUUAUCAAGCAGGCUGAGGACCAGCUAUAUGAGUACCAGAAACAGCCCGGUUUUACGUCUUUUCUGCUAAAUGUUGUGACUGACAACAGUAUUGCCAUGAACGUGAGACUCUCUGCUGCUAUUUACAUGAAGAACAAAAUACAGAGGUCUUGGAAUACUACUAAAUAUACAGAGGGCUUAACUAAAGAAGAACAGGCAAGUGUUAAGGAACAAUUAGUGCAAACAUUGAUUAAGUUUAGCGAGAGUUCUCAUUUGAGGCCACAUUUGACUGAGUCUAUUAGAGGUAUACUGAAUGCUGACAACUCAUGGGAUUUGACUGCUACAGUAAAAGAAUUAUUGACUAGUGGCAAACAAGAAUACUUAUACCCUGGUCUAUUGUUAGUUUUCGAAGUAGCAAUUGUUCAUAGAUGGGAUAUGUCAGAUAACAGAGAAGUAAUUGACAACUUCAUUAUUGAAAUUUUCCCUAUUGUUGAGAAUAUCACCUCACAACUAGUGAACCAAACUGAUUAUAGAUCUAACGAACUCCUCUACCUGGUAUUGAAGUCAUUCAAAUACUCAUGUCUGAACAACUUACCAAAAUACUUUGCCGACUUAGACAAGCUUAAUGCGUGGAUUCAACUACAUCUAUUCAUCUGCCAAAAACCACUACCAGCUGAAGUUCUGGAAUUGGAUCCAAGUGAUAGAUCUCUUGAUAAGAGAGUUAAAGUGAACAAAUGGGGCUUUGGUAACUUGACUCGUUUCCUAUACAGAUAUAGCAGAUCUACAAAGGUCAUCACACCAGAGUUUGUUAACUAUGUAUUCACCAAGAUUGUUCCUGAGAUUAUUCAAGAAUAUUUCAAGUUCAUUGAGUCCUGGAGCAACAAAUCUUUAUGGUUGGGUGAAGCUUCCUUAUAUUAUAUGGUCCAAUUCCUUGAAAAAUGUAUGAUAACAAACGAGUUAUUCCCACUUCUAGAACCUCAUCUAAAUGUUGUUCUCCAGCACUUAAUAUUCCCAUGCCUAUGUGCUACAGAAGAGAGUGUCGAACUACUUUACGAAGACCCUGAGGAAUACACAAGAAGAUACUUUGAUUUGAACAAAGAUGGGUCAAUGGCUGAUUUUGCUUCCUCUGAUUUUGUUUACAUGCUGGGCACUGUAAGACCUGAUAAAUUAAAUGAAGUUUUAGUAUUCAUCAAUGAGGUCUUUACCAAUUUCAGUCAACACAAAGGUGACAAAGAAUGGAGCUUCAAGCAAGAAGGUGCCAUGCGUAUGAUCAGCACCUUGUUUUCCCUUUUCCAGAACCCUCAGGACCUUGAAGGCAUGUUUUCUAAUUAUAUUGUGAACUUCCUUGCUGAUGAUAGCCACCAUUUUCUAGUUGCGCGCGCCUUAGAAACAGUUGCAUCAUAUCCAUAUGAUAUUAACGAUAUGGGGACAUUGUCAAAAUUAUUUGAACAAACUUACGGUCAUUUCCUAAAUAGUGACUGCUUGCCAAUUCAAGUUGAGGCUGCAGAUGCAUUGAAAUCACUAGUCGUGUUGAAUCCAAAUAUUCAUGGCCACAUUUCCUCACAAGUCCCUGGAAUUAUGGAAAAGCUACUAAAAUUGUCCAAGGAAUUCGAAAUUGAUAUUCUCUCCGAAGUUAUGGAAUCUUUUGUUGAGAACUUUGCCGACGAAUUAACCCCAUUUGCUAAAGAUCUUGCUGUAAAUCUAGCUGAACAAUUUUUAAAUCUAGGAAGAUCGAUUGUCGAGAGCACUAAUGGCGCCUAUUCCACCGGUGAUCAAGACCAAGAAACGCAAGCUUGCGCUUUACUCGCCACUAUGACAACUAUGGUUAUGUCCAUGAACAAAGUAUCCUUAGUAGAGCAAUUUGCUCCUGUUGUUAAGUUUGUUAUUGUCCAUGCACAAAUUUCAUUUAUCACUGAGAUAGUUGACUUGAUGGAUUCCCUAGCUUUAUCCUCAAAGGCACUUUUCAAUCAGUUCACACCAGAAAUCUGGGAAAUGUUCCACGAUGUUAUGGAUUCCUUCCAAACUUAUGCUCUUGACUACUUUGAGUCAUAUUUGGUAUUUUUUGAGACAAUUGUUCUACAAGGAUUUCCACAGGACCAAACGUUCGUUGAGCCAUUCUUAUCUCUACUGUCUGUUAAAUUGGAGAGCGAAAUCGAUUAUGAUGUUGAAGGGGUUAUGAACCUUUUGACAUGUUUUGCUCUAUCAAUGAAGGAGACACCAUUCUUAGAGAAGGCUUUGAGCAGAGCAAUGGAUGAAGAAUUUGGCCUAGAUGAUAAGCAGGUGAUAAAAAUGGUAUUAGCAUAUCUAUUUGUUAAGCCAAUAGAAACUUUACAAGUGAUGGAAUCAUCAGGUGUCACUUUGAAUAUAUUAAAGAGAUGGUUUGAUCUAAAAUUCAAGAGCGUUUUUGCUAUCAAAUUACAAAUUCUGGCAAUAAUGUCUAUAUUAAAGCUACCUGAGCUUCCAAGUUGUGUUAGUGGAUAUUUGAAGGAAUUCUCUAACAAGCUAGUCACACUAGUAGAACAAUUACCAGUGGCUAUUAGAAACCGUGAGGCACUAAACAAGGGUGAAGAAUUGAGUGGUGGCGCUGAUGGCACUGAUCUGCUUGACCCUCAAGAAGAGGACGAAUAUCUAGAAGAAUAUGAUGAUGAUCUCAAAGAAUCUAUAUUGGAUCAAGUAAAUGCCUUCCAGGAAGUCUCUGUAUUCCUAACUAGUCUACAGAGUGAAAACCCGCAAAGAUACCAAGACAUAAUAUCGGGAAUGUCAGACGAUAAAAAAGAAUCUUUACAAGUCAUCCUUGAGUUCGUUUCGAACAAUUGA